AUGGAUCCAUUUUCUGAAGUUGAACUGGACUGCUGGAGCCAGAUCCAUUCAUUACAACAGUUCGUACAAAACACCACCAGCAUAACGGAGGAUGCUACUCUAGACUUUCAAAACAACUACCAAGAGCUUCACGAAACCCUAGAAGAUCUUCGACAGGCAGUGCACAUAUCAGAAUCGAAUCCAUCCGAGUUCAGACUCACCUCAGCUGAUAUUGCCAGCAGGAAACAAGUUUUGGCUCAAUUGGAGGCCAAGAGCAUUGCACUCAAUGAUCAAUGGACGGGCAAGAUUGCAGAUCCACACCGCGCUAGACAGAUUACAUCAGCCAACAAUCGAAUCAGUCAAGAUAAUUCUAGAGACGCUCCUGACCCCUUCGAUGAUUCGGCUAGAAUUGAUCUGGAGUUCAACCAAUAUCAACAGCAAGAAAUGAUCCAGGCUCAAGAUACACAGCUUGACUCCAUUCACAUCACAAUGCAAAAUUUAAAUCAACAGGCCAUGCUCAUGGGAAGUGAAUUGGAAGAGCAAGGUUUUAUGUUAGAUGAUCUAGAUCAGGAGCUUGAUACAGUUGGCGGAAAGCUUCAAAGAGGUAUGAAACGUGUUAAUUAUGUGAUCGAGAAGAAUAGAGAGACAGCUAGCAAUUGCUGCAUCGGAAUUUUAGUGGUGGUCCUUUGCAUUUUGCUUGUAAUUUUGAUCGUUGCAUGA